AUGGCCCCUUCCAUCGAGUCUAUCAAGGCGUUAUUAGCACUUGCCGAACACUCCAACUUUGAUGUUCAAUUUUCCAUCACUACCCCAUAUGGCCUUGUUCUUGAACUAUCAGGCGACUCUCUUCAAGUUCGCUUGGCGGAAGGCAAGGACCCGCUGUCUGCCACCCCUACGGCACAGGUCGAGUCCCAACUUCCAGUCACCCAGGCCAUCUCUUCUGAACCUCUGUCUAAGAUAGAGGAGGAAGGUCUUGUCCAUGAGCCGCUAGCAGAUACGUCUUUGCUCCAAAUGCACAGAGAGAGAUUCCUGGAGUUGGUAGAUCAACUAAAACCUCAGUUGAACGAACGACCAGAACCCCGGAAAGAAUAUGGGCCUUCACUGCCAGGAUACAAAUACUACAUUUGGCCAGACUACGGAACCAAUUUCAUGUGGUAUACCUACGGGUGGCCUGGGAAUCCUGAGGGUGGCGAUCCUGUCGACGACGACGAAUUGCAAGAGAGAUAUCCUGAAGCGUGGUUCAACGCUUACACGAAUUGGUGGGAGCAAUACACCGAAGCUUUCAAGGCUCAUGGUCUUGAUCAGGGUUACGAUAAUCCACUGUUCGAAACCGCCGAGGAAGAAAGCCUUUGGAACAUGGAAGGCGCACUAUUGGCUGCAUGGCUGGCAUUACAAGAUGAUGUGCAUGCGGUCAAUUAUGAGCUUCAGAAUGUGAACAAUUACGAGUUCAAUUUUGAGCGCGGCAGCAUCGAAAAGACUUUGGUGAGCUUCCUUCAACUUAUCAAGUUGGAUCAAAGACCAUUGGAGGCACCUGCUGGGCGAUGA